GUUUGUACUGAUUGUGUACAGUGUCCUGUGUGGAGAUGGAGGCUGUUCUGUCUGCUCUGCCGUGGGUCCCAGUGAACAUCAGUGGUUCUGAUCUACUGGCCAAAGCCUGGUUUGGUGACUCUCAGUACCGCGUCCUGCUGACUGACCUGAGCACUGUGUGGGAAGAAGAGAUGAGCACAGAUGACAUCCAGAGCCGAGCACAGGAUCUGAACAAGCGUUUACGGGCUCCUGCACAGGCGUUUUUCUCUCAUCUGUGUUCUGUGGCUCGGCCCUGUUUCUCUGGACUGGAUGAGGAUCAGAUCUCUGCAGCACAGGCGGCUCUUGAACAGCAUGGUGAAAGCCUGACGGUCAAGCUCAAGAGUGAACUGGCUGGACUACCCUUCUACUGGGAGUUUAGAUGUACAACAACGCCUGUAGCAGUGGUGUGCAGGCAGCUUGUGCGCCCCCUUCUGGCCAUGACUCUAGUCUUGCAGCGACAGGCCGAGGAUCUUGCAGCUCUUUUGGCCCGUAAGGAUGCAGAAAUACAGGACUAUCAGGAGAACGGAGCCGUCCUGAGUCGAGCCAGACUCCAGACAGAGCCGUUCGAGGUGCAUCAGUACAAGGAGAACUUCAUCACGCAGAUUUUACCACAGAUGAAUGUGACGCUGGACAGUUUGGGCUUUGACUCUGAGCUGCAGGCCUUGUACAUGGCAGUGAAUUCAGGGAAAACGGGUCGAAAACGCAAACACUCUCCUGACAGCAGCCCUGCAGCAGAAGAAAAUCACAUCACUGAUCAUCAACACAUCUCUGAGUCCACAGGUGUUGGGCCUUCACUGGCUUCUCAAGAGCACAAUAAAGCCAAAGAAUCUGGAAGAUCUCAAGUGGCGAACAGUCAACAGACUCUCCCGUUAUCAUCUACUGCUGGGUCUGAGGAUCGGUCCACCUCUCGGGCCAAGAAGAAGAAAGCAGUGGGACUUUUUCGGUGACAGACAGUUCAUGCUUCGGAAUCAGAAUAACACUAUACAUAUGGACACUUAUAGUUCCUUUAUGCUUUAUAAACAUUUUUAAUCCUUUUAGGUUGGAUUUUUAAGGGAUGUUGGACAUUUUAAUGUUGUUUUUAUUUUGUAUGCCCGUCUUAACAAUAAUGUCUUAAAGAUAAUGAAUAAAAUAUUGCUUUUAUUA